AUGGACGUCGUGGAAUAUAGCAUAGGAGUGAAUAAUCGCUUUGGUGCGUUAAAUUUGGACGAAGAAGAUCCAGAGGAAUUCCUGCAAAAGCAGGAGAAGAAAGAGGAGUCUGCGAAGAAAGACAAGGCGAAGAAACAGGAUAAGAAGGCUGUAAAGCAGCCCGCUAAAGAUACGAAGUCCGCCACAAACAAGACAGACAUUGUCAACGAGGAGUCCAAGAGGGAAGGUUUGUCGAAAAUUAUUUGUUCUCGUAACAUCGAAUGUACAAGUUGUACUGUGACGCCAUCUCCCUGUCACAUCCACAUGUGAAAGUUUUCGUUGGGGUGUUUUCGACUUCUCUGCCCCCUUUUCUUAUCUUUUCGAGUUUCCAAGAUUUGAUAUGCUUUCUUCUGUAGGUCAUGUUAUUGUCCCGUGGACUCUAUGUGCGUUAAGUUGUCUGUUAGUUUUGAUGUCCUGUAGCGACGAAAAUAUCUAACAGUUUGCACACAACACUCGCUUUAAAAUUGCGAAAUUUACUAUGACCAGGUGAAUGUAAAUUAAAACCCCAGGUGGAGUUUUUGUUGAUGUUUUCAAGUACACCUUUACAUGGAAGCUCGAAAGGAAAUAUAUUUCGCUGUCUUCGUGUGCAUAUAAACAGUUGCAACACGUGUUUAUGGUUGUGUGGAGUGGCGAUGGAUCUUGUACAUUAUAAAUAAGUUAAGGCUAAUUCGGUUUGCUCUCAUUCAGCUGGCUUUUCCGCGCUAGUAAACAGCGAUAAAUGCUCAAUAGCUAUCGUUACCUUGCAGAACGAAGCGAAAGCAGACGAGGUGGCCGUGGAAAAAAUGAUGUCAAGAGAGAAAACGAGAAAAAUACUCGUAUGACCAAUGGUCCCAGCGAAAGACGAGAUCGUGGUGAAAAUGCGCCCAGAGAAAGGCGAGGCGGUGGUUUUGGAGGUGGUUUCCGUAGGAGAGAGGGAUCGCAGGGAGACCCCGAUUCCCCAGACAAGGAAGGAGCUGAAAGGGAAAGAGGGGGAUUUGAAAGGGGAAGAGGUGGUCGAGGAAUGCGAGGUGGCGGAGGACGAGGACGCGGUGGAUUUGGCGGUCCGAGAGGUGGUGGUGGAGGAGGAUUUGGCGACCGUGGUGGAAGGAAGCGAGAAUUUGAAAGAAGAAGUGGAAGUGAUCGAUCGUAAGUGCUCAAUGUGCCUAUUUCACCAUUUACUCUGACAGUAUCCUGUCUGUCCUAAUUUUAAUGUGUAUUCUUGUUAAACCCUUCUCACAGGUUAUUCACAUGCACUUUUUAAGUCACUUCUGAAUUUAACACUCUUCCUAUUUAAUAUUCUGUAAAAUCACUAUGGAUAGAGAAUGUUUCCGAUGCGCAGUCAAAGAUGCGAUAUGCAGAAGUAUUAGCAGCUAGAGAGAGAAACUAUUUGAGCUUUGGUUUUAUUAACUGUCAAAUGACAGUAGUAAACAAUAUUUUUGUUCAUAACAGUGCAUGAGAACAUAAAACAAGCAGUCUGCAACUGUUUUACUGGUCAAAUUUAAUUUUGCCAUUGUUUUUAUGGUUUGCAUUUUAACAUGUCUGCAUUUGUGGUUAUGUGUUGACAAAAUGUUGAUAGAUUUUAAAAUUUGAAUGAGCAUGUUACCUAAGGUGUUGAGUGUUACUUGGAAUUUAAAGCCAUCUUGCCCGAAUUAACAGUGUUAUUAACAGAUUUAGUGUAAAUGGGCUGAGUGUUUUGUGGAGACUGUUUAUGAAUCACUGUGCUCUGAUUAAUUUAAAACAUAAGUUAUGCUAAUCCAAAAGCCUAAAUGUGCCAAAUGUUGGUGUAUUUUAUACUAAAUUUUUACCAUGAUUCCAAAGAAUCCAGUGUAACCACUUGAAUUGUUCGGUAAUCAAACUUUAUAGGUAAACAAACACAAUUGAGCCAAAAAAUAUACAUGAGAGUUUGACUGAGUUAGUUUUCCAAACUCAAUCAAACAACAGUUCUAAACCAACACUCAAAAUAGAUGAGGAUUUUGAAAAAUCCUUUUAGCGUGCAAGAAUCUGGAAAGCAGCAAGUAAGUCACCGGGAAAUCAGCAAAGAACCAAAAAGAAUCAGAUGAAACAAACACUAGAUUGACUGUACAAAUGUGGAGGAUUUCUGAACGUGCUUGUGCAUUAUUAUUAACGGUGACGUUACCUACAAGGGAUGCUGUAAAGUUUAAAAUGCAUUUAAUCAAAGCAUAACAUUCACUCUGUGACUGAGUAUGUUGAUUAAAGGGAUUAAAGGAUAAAGUUGUAUGGCAAUAUAGCCUUGUUCUUCCCACUCCAAAAAAUACACUACACUGAUCUGCUACAACCACUUUCGGAAUAUACUCAGUCGUAAGACACCUUAGAAAAAGCAAACAUUCAACCAAACACGUGCAAUUUUCCUGUAUAACGUAAAAUUUUAAGGUGAAGGGAUAUGAACUGGCAGUCUGUAGAAAAAAUUCUCUGUGGGAUUUCCUGUAUUCUUAUUUUUACUGUCGUUCUCCUUGUGUUCCAUGAUCACCAUCUUGAAUAUAAACUUCUCUGGUGAAUGAUAAACUUCUAGUAAAUAACUUGAUUCUUCUUCUAAGUUUCUUGUGAACAAAGGAAAAGUGAAACAUUAGAUCAAGAGUCACUUCUCCGCUGCACCCCUUCAACAGACCAUUCUGUUUUUUUUGUUUGUUUUUUUUUUCAACUUUUGACAUGAACCAGCUAGCUAAAAUCCCAUUUAUAUGGCUAGUGCAGUCCGUCAGAAGAAUUGCCAAGUGUGAGAGUGAAGUGUGUCGAAAACUGGCAGAGACAUGGUGCCAAAGUCGAGGAAUGUUUGCUGAGACUUUUGUAUAGUUAGGGUAAAGGGGGCAGGGGUUUAAUUUUGUGUCCCCCAGCAAGCAUACAAAUGCGUCUGCAAAAUCUCCCAACUUUUUCUAGCAGAGCUACAUCUUUGCUCCUUUCUGGCACUUCUCUCUUGAACUUGGCAAGGUUAAACUUUCCACUUACAUAUUCUUCAAUGUACUUAUGCAAGAGACUGGAAGAGUUCUUUACGUUUUUUUGUUAUUUUAACUGUCAAGGUUGAAGCCAUUAUUUAACUAUCCCUUUCCUCCAUUUGACACAUUCCUGUUUUGUAAAAGAAAUAUGUCCUCUUCUUGUGGUCUAGGGACCCCCGACUGGACAAUAAUUCAAGUCGUGGGGAUAGAAGGUUGGACAAACAUUCUAACUUAGCUCCUAUUUAACUAUAAAGUCAUUCCUAGAAAUUAAAUCAUGAGCUUUGUGUGUGUAUUUUUUCUGCAAGCUGUGUUUUUCUGUGAAGUGUAAAUCAGCCAUCUUUAAAUCUUUGUUAAAUGCAUGUAAAAUUUUUAUUGUAAGCUUUUGCUACUGGGAAAUUAAGAGCUUUUUUAACCGCCAGUUUCCCACUCAUCAAUUUUGUCAACCAGUUUGCCAUAAGCUAUAGUGUAUUAUUUAGUUGGAACCAAUACUUUCAACCAAAUGUUUUAGGACGUAAAAGAAAAUAAGCAAACUUAUUUUUAUGCAAUGAAUCACCCUUCUUACAGGUAAAUCUUUAUUCCUAGGACAUCUGAUGCCUGUGAAAAAUGGUGCCAAGUUUCUGUUUCUCUUGUGCUAAUAAUAGUAACAUACAUGUUAAUUGUAACCUCAGAACUUCCUUUUUGAUGAAUGCUAAUUCAUGGCUAACAAACUGCACUCCAAAUAGUACUUAAAUUGAAAUACAUAAUUACAAAAAUAUUUUCCAUGUUUCCUAUUUAGUUGAUAAAAACUGGAUGUGCCAUUUAUGUCCCAUUCAUUUAAGACUGAAAUAUGAAGAUUUUUGAAUUACAAUCCAAUGGAAAAUUAAUCCCUUUGAUGUUUGUUGGUGUGGUUGUCUUACUAGUUGCCUACUUUAGUUGGUGGUGAAGCCUUUUAGUUUGUUAGGCUUAAGGUGCAAGCCAAAGCUAUGUAUUUUUUGUAGCCACAUCUAUGAUAUCUUCUACUGAGUUACAUCCUCUUAUGUUUCAAGUAAUCAACUUCAUAUUUUCCCAUGUUUUCUGACAGUUCUGUGAAGGCCCAAGAUAAGCGUGAAGGAGGUGGCCAGUACAACUGGGGUAAUCCUACAGAGGGGUAAGUUAUAGUCUACUUUUAUAGUCUUCUUUUAUAUCUUUCAUUAAGUAAUGAUCUGGGUGAAGUGGAAAGCAUUUUCUUUUGUUACGUGUCAAUGUGCUUUCCCCACAUAUAGGAAUGUUUUCAUUUUCACACAGAGAAUGCAUAAACUUAAAGAAAGGCCAGUUAUGCAAUAAAAUGUAUAAGACCCCAUUUUGAAACGGUGUUUUUUUGUGUGUUCAAAAAUUUUGACCAAUUGUAGGAUUUGCAAGCCAAGAAAGUUUACGAUAAUAUUUUACAUGUUCCCGACAUAGGAUUUCUGUGUUAUUCAGACUGAGACAAGAUUUUGUUAUAUGGAAGUUGGUUGAAAAAGGAUCAAUUUAUAUAUACAGCUAUUUCGAGAAAGGUUGUCGGAAAAUUGUGCACGCGACAGUCCGGAAAGGUAAUAUGGGAUAUGUGCAAUACACUGUUCCUGACAUUGUAGCUGUCGAACCUAUUUUUGUUGCUUUCCUUAAGCACGCACAGACGUAUGUCCAUGGCCUCGCGUGCCAUUCUUUCAACUCAAAACCACCCUCAAUACCUUUUGGGGUUGUCGCAUGCAGUUCAUCCGACAACCUUUCUCAAAAUAGCUGUAUACUGUUUUGUGAAGUUUUCUUAACUUUUGCUGUUUAAGCCAGUCAGAAGUAUAAGGCAGACAAUAGUAAAGUUAGCACCUUUUUGCACUCAAAAUAUUCAAAGCCGUUGUUGCUUUCCUUCUUAUCUGGACCGUUACUUAAUAAUACAGUUAUUACUAACAUUGUUCGUUUCGGAUUGGAUGAGAGCUGUGCAACAAAAUUGUCCUGACAUGUAGAAGUUUUUAAGGGUGAUGUUAACAACAUGUACGAUUCUUUGAUAAUGGAGAGCAUUUUGUUUUAUAAUACUCUGUAUUAUCACGUGAAUCAAAUUAAUCCACAGAAAAUAAAUUGUCUUGGAAGUAUAAGUACCAAGACCCCCUAUGAUUGUUGGUUAACACCUAAUCAUCAGUCUUCAGUUCAAAUUAAAGCUUGUUCAUAGUAAUUUGGAUUCCCAGAUGAUCUCCUAUUCCCAAUGCCAUCCAGUAAAUGGUUUGUUGUUUUGUGAUUUCAGUGAAGAGGCAGAGGUUUUUCAGCAGCCGGAGGUGGCUGACUGGGCUGAAGCAUCUCCUGAUCCUGAUGCUGUCAAGGAAUCUCAAGAUGAGUAAGUUUUAGUGCUGCUGAUAAUGUUGAUUCAAAUAAGACUGAUGUACUUUGGCCUGGAUACCCUCACAGCUCUUAAGUGCUUGGUUUUGUUUACUAGAGACUAGUCUGAAAUUUCUCCAUGCUUUGUUCUCGUGCUUCAAUUUAACGUCUGAUGACAAGUGCAUGGUGUAACAGUUUUCUGUACACAGAAGAAGGGUUAUGCACCUGAAACUCUUGCUUCUUUAAAAUAUCAAUUCAAUCUGGAAAGCACAAAUACAGUUGAUUCUCUCUUAAUGGACGCUUGUCUAUAAUACAGACACCUUCAGACACCUAAAGUUGAUGCCUGUCUUUCUUUACAUCCUUUGUUUGACUCUCUAUAAGACACAAAUCACUCUUAGAUUAGCCUCUCACAUAGGCAUUUUAGGGGAGCUCAUAUUUGGUACCUCCCCAAAAAGGCAAAAAGUAAGAUUUAGUCAGAUUUUAGAAUUCUCCGUGCACUGAAUAACUUUCGCAAAGAAAGAAAAGGAAGAAAAUGGUAACUCUAGGGUCACGAAUUUACAUAACCACGAGUUUAUGAGUUGUGUUUAGCCUGUCAACACUUUAUUUCAAAACUGUUGAUUGGUCACUUACCACGCAAAUAAAACAAUAGGAAAGGUAGUUUGUUCUCGGUUGAGCAGGCGUUUGUGGGGAAGGACGAAAUACGAGCUCCCCUGAAAACAUCUGCGUGGGAGGCUACUCUUAGGUGGAUACUUAGUGUCAGUCCCAAAGGUGACCCUAAAAGACAGAGUUGACUGUAAUUUCAAAUGAGCUCUUGAGAGCUCCUAAGUGGCUCAGACUGGUUUCGUGUAAACUUGCAUUUCUAUGGAUCAAGGUUAUCCGGAGCUAAGGUCGUACCAGCUUCAUGUAAUCAUUCGUUCUUUGAUUUGAAUUGUUUCAGGUCCCAUGGUGAAGAUAAAGAGAAUGAAGAAGUUAAAGAGGAUGAACAACCCAAAGAAAUGACUCUGGAUGAGUGGAAAAAGCUCCAAGAAAAUGAGCGAGCUAAAAGCACUUUUGAGACACGCAAAGCUGGUGAAGGGGAAAAGAAAGGCAUGUGGAAAGACACAAAAGUCUUCAAGAGAGAUGAAGAAGACGAGGAACAGUUUGCCUCUAGAAGAGUGAGUAACAAGUAGUGUUGAGUUUGAAUUAGGCCCUGUUCACACUAUGACAAAAAAAUAGAGUUUGGUGCGAAAAAUUGGAAACUUAAUUUUGUUAUGACCAAUUUUUUGUCUUUGCAGCUGUCUUUGCAUCUGAGACACUGAAAAUCUUUUCGUAUAUUUUGAAUGACAAAAAAUUGUAGACCUCGAAAUUUUCUCAACAGCAUCUUUGAAGUUUGGUGACAGAUGAGAAAAUUUUGGUAGGUGAAAGAAGUCGUUUUAUUUGCACAAGAGAUGGCUUCCCGUUGACAGAUUUUCUGCAAAAUAAACAAAAUUUUGUGUGUAGUGAAAAGGGUGGAAUCCGCACUUGCUUAAAAGAAUAAAGACCCCUGGGUGACUGGGAAAGCUGACGUUUUUUGUACAAAUCUUAUGCCUGGGCACCCUGGAUUUCACAGGUUCAGAGGGCAGGGCGACCCUGUGCUCUGUUGGAGGCUGCAACCCUUGAAUUUGUCUUAUAGCACAGCCCUGAACCUGAUUUACAUUUUGCUCCUUUAAGGUCAUCGAGGAAAAAAUCAAGACAUCUGGCCGUGUAAAACAAAUUGUUGACAUCCGAAUGGAGUUCAGGGGCUCAACUGAUACACGAAGGGGUGGUCGUGGUGGUCGUGGCGGUAGGGGUGACAGAGGAGGCCGAGGUGGCCGUGGAAGAGGUCGCGGUGGAUUUGGUGGUCGUGCAGACAGCGACAAAAGUGGGGAUAAUUUUGCCUUAAAUAAUGAAGAAUUCCCAUCUCUUGGGUAA